AUGGACAUCUUUGCUUUUGUAAUUUUGAAUUCCAGUUUGCUAUUUUUCUACUUUGUAUUGUCGGAUACUGGUUACAGCAUUAGUCAAAACCAAUCCCUUAGUGACGGCACAACAUUGGUCUCUAAAGAUGGAAGCUUUGUUUUGGGCUUCUUCAGUCCAGGUAACGCCACUAACCGUUACUUGGGAAUUUGGUACAACAAUAUCCCAGUUAAAACGGUUGUUUGGGUAGCAAACCGGCGCAAUCCAAUCACAGACUUGUCUGGAGUGUUGAUGGCAAACAGUGAAGGUAGUCUUGUUCUUCUCAGCAAGAAUAGGACAGUUGCUUGGUCGGUGAAUUCAACAAAAGAAGCCAGGAAUCCGAUAGUAGAGCUUUUAGAUUCUGGAAAUCUAGUAUUAAGAGAUGAGAAUGAAGAAAACCCAGAAAACUAUUUGUGGCAAAGCUUUGAUUAUCCUUCUGAUACUUGGCUUUCAGGGAUGAAGCUUGGAUGGGACUUAAGGAUUGGUCUGGAACGGCGCCUAACUGCAUGGAAGAGUCCAGAUGAUCCAUCUCCAGGUGAACUGAGUUGGGGGAUUGAACUUCAUAACUGCCCUGAGAUAGUCAUGAAGAAAGGCUCGGAGAUUUACUACCGGACAGGCCCAUGGAAUGGCAUUGGUUUCACUGGUAUACCAGACUUAAAGGAAAACCAGGUUUACAACUUCAAUUUUACCUCCAACAAGGAUGAGGUAUACUUCAUAUUCCACAAUAUUAAAAAGUCUGUAAUCUCAAGAGUAGUUUUGAACUCAACUCUCAACUUGUAUGAGCGCUACGUGUGGGUUGAAGCAAAAAAAAUAUGGAGCCUGUACUUAACUUUGCCAAAAGACACAUGUGACAGAUAUAAUUUAUGUGGUGCUUAUGGCAAUUGUAUCAUUGGUGACUCACCCAUCUGUCAAUGUGUACAAGGAUUCAAGCCUAAGUCGUUAGAAACAUGGAACCCAGAAGAGUGGUCUAAGGGAUGUGUACGAAGUAUGCAAUUGAGCUGCGAGGAUAAAGAUAAAAUUGGGUUUGUUAAAUUGGUCGGGUACAAAAUGCCAGAUACCACGUAUUCUUGGUUGAAUGAAAGUAUGAAUCUUAUCGAAUGCAAAGACAAAUGUUUGAACAGCUGUUCCUGUAUGGCUUAUACAAACUCAGAUAUUAGAAAUGGGGGAAGUGGCUGCGCUAUCUGGUAUGGAGAUUUAAUUGAUAUUCCACUGAUUUCAGCUACCGGGCAAAAUGCUAAUGGGCAAGAUGUAUAUAUUCGAAUGCCUGCAGAGCAAGGUAUGGGCCUAUAA